AUUCCGUAACAUAGAAUGUCGCGACUUCUAGCGAGCGGUACCUUGCACGGCCAAUUGAUGUUUGUGCAACUACACGUAAUAAAAAGUUUACAGACGGGUUUACGGGUUUAUUACCUAAAGUAAAACAGUGACAAUAAGGAAGGGACGCUUGAUUCUAUUUACUCUUAAAAUAUUUAGAAAGAGAUGCACCAUCAUUCGUACUAGAACUUCCUUCCAGCCAUUCCGCGGUGAAUCAAUCCACUUACCAAAACCCACCGUAUAUUAGAACAAAUCCGACGAUGGUGGUAGAUGAAAAGGGUGAAGUAGAAGAGGAAUGAUUGGGGAUGCACCUUUAAAAAAAAGAAAAUAUCGGAAACUUUGUAAAUUCGUGAAUGCAUCUCCGACACGAUGGGGGUGCGCAUCACUUCGUGGAAUGUAAACGGCAUUCGGAAUCCGUUUGGAUACCAGCCAUGGAGGGAAAAGAGGACUUUUGAGGCUAUGUUCGAUAUACUCGAAGCCGAUAUCGUCGUAAUGCAGGAGACCAAAAUCCAGCGCAAGGACCUUCAGGAUGAUAUGGUCCUGGUACCUGGCUGGGAUGUUUCCUUCAGCUUGCCCAAGCACAAGAAGGGUUAUGCCGGUGUAGCAAUCUAUACCCGGAACUCGGUAUGUAUGCCCAUCCGGGCAGAAGAAGGAAUCACUGGCGUCUUAUGCCCACCAAAUUCUUCAACCAAAUUUCGAGACCUCCCCCCAGAUCAACAAAUAGGGGGUUACCCAAAGCCUGGCCAGCUUGUGGGUCUAAUAGACGAUGUGACUCUCGACUGCGAAGGGCGCUGCGUCAUCCUUGAGUUUCCUGCUUUUGUUCUGAUUGGAACCUACAGCCCAGCUAACAGCGAUGGGACCCGAGACGAUUUCAGGCUAGGCUACCUCGACGCAUUAGACGUUCGAAUCCGUAACCUCGUAGCCAUGGGCAAGAGGGUCGUUCUAACAGGCGAUCUCAACGUUAUCCGAACAUCUAUGGAUACAGCCAACCUUUUCGAGCGACUAAGAAAAGAAGGCGUUACGGUUGAAGACUUCUUCUCCACUCCUUCCCGUCGCCUCUUCAAUCAGCUUAUAUUCGAGGGAGACGUGUUAGGUAACAGAGAUGAGAAUAGGGAGGAGCCAGUGCUAUGGGACCUUGGCCGGCUCUUCCAUCCUACCCGCGAGGGCAUGUUUACUUGCUGGGACACUAAGAAGAAUACUCGACCUGCCAAUGUCGGCAGUCGAAUCGAUUAUGUCCUUUGUAGUGACAAUAUGAAGGACUGGUUUAUCGACUCUAAUAUACAGGAAGGCCUGAUGGGGUCCGAUCACUGUCCAGUCUUUGCAACCCUCAAGGAUGUUGUUACUAUUGACGGAAAAGAGGUACAUCUCAGGGACAUUAUGAAUCCUCCGGGAGUUUUUAAGGACGGAGUUCGGCUUAGGGACUGGACGGCAAAAGACCUUUUACCAUUAUCAGCGAAACUCAUUCCCGAAUUCGAUCGCCGGCGGAGCAUCAAGGACAUGUUUUCCAAGAAACCGGUGCCUUCGAAGUCGGCUCUAGCGCCAAUCAACGAGCCGUCAGAAAGUCCCAGCAGCAGUUUCGCUAAAAUUGAGCUAUCGAAAGACGAGGCCGCCGAAACACCCGCUUCGCAACCUGAAUCGGUAACUUCAGCGUCUUCUCCAGCUAAACCACGGACCGAUACCCUUAAGCGCACGUCCUCAAGCACGGCAUCGGCCAGCAGGCCACAAAAGAAAACAAAAGCCACUCUGGCCAAAGAGCCCUCGUCCAAAGGGCAAAGCAGCCUCAGGGGCUUUUUCAAACCUAAAACCACCACCCCAACUGCGAGUACAAUCCCAGGAACAAACGAAGAUCCUAAACCACUUAAUAGUCAAGUUGAUAAUACUUUCGAGGCCGAAGUACCGAAAGAAUCCAACAACAACACAGAAGAAGAAGCAAAAGACGCUGCCGGACCGUCUACGUCUACUCCGGGUAGAGUCUUCGAUCCCAUCGAGUCCAAGGAAUCCUGGUCCAAGCUGCUAACAGGUAAAAGAGUCCUGCCCAAAUGCGAGCACGGAGAGGACUGCGUUAGCAUAGUCACCAAGAAACCCGGCGUCAAUCGAGGGAGGUCAUUCUUCGUCUGUGCCCGGCCCAUCGGGCCGUCGGGCGAAAAGGAGAAAGGGACGCAGUGGCGUUGUCCGACGUUUAUAUGGAGUAGCGACUGGAACGCAUCGCAAAACGGAUGAGAUGAGAUGUGAUGCGAUGCUAGAUUAUUUAUAUGGAGCUUCUACUUCUACUUCUACUUUACUUGAACUAGCGGUCAUGUUACUUGUGUCGUUCUCUUCGUUGCGGGUGCGUAGGUAUGUCUGCAUAGGUAUAAUCUCCAUGCGUAUAGUCGC